GGAUUAAUUAUUCCAUAUUAGUACACCUCACGAGCAGUUUUUUUUGAAACAAUACGCAGUCACGCACCAUACGGCUACACUCAUCCUCCACCCAAAACUCAAGACCUGCAGAUCAGCUAAAACGCCGUAUCUCCACUUUCCCGCACCUCCUUCCAACAAUCGAAUAACAGAGUUACAGAGGUACAAACAAUUGGCGAAGGAGGAGGAAGAUACCAAAGUUUUCUUUCUCCUCAACUCUCUCAUUCUCGCUGGUAUUUGUUCCGCCAUUAGAGGAUGACGGAGGUGGCAAGCUCGGUAGUACACGAAGUGUUGGGAAGACGAGCCGAAGACAUAGACCAACCUAUUAUUGAUUACAUCGUCAAUGUCCUCGCCGACGAAGAUUUCGAUUUCGGCGCCGAAGGCGACGGCGUUUACGACGCACUCGGCGAGCUCCUUGUCGAUUCUGGCGCCGUUACCGAUUUCUCUGAGUGCCGCUCUGUGUGUAGCAUAUUAUGUGAUAAAUUUGGGAAACAUGGAUUAGUUAAGCCAAAGCCGACUGUAAGAAGUCUAGCAGCACCAGUAAGGAUGUUUGAUGGGAUGGACGAAGAUGUCGUGCCAAAAAAAAAGGUUGAGGAGGUAGAUGGCCCUCUAUUGACUGAGCGUGACAAAAUGAAGAUUGAGAGGAAGAAGAGGAAGGACGAACGUCAAAGAGAGGUUCAAUACCUGAAGCAUGUGGAAGAAAUGGAAGCUGUCAGAGCAGGAAUGCCUGUUGUAUGUGUAAAUCACGGGCAAGACACUGGUGGACCUACUAUCAGGGAUAUCCAUUUAGAUAGCUUUACUGUAUCUGUUGGAGGCCGGGAUCUCAUUGUAGAUGGUUCAGUGACUCUUUCUUUUGGGAGACACUAUGGGCUUAUUGGAAGAAAUGGUACAGGAAAAACUACAUUCCUCAGGCACCUGGCCUUGAAGGCCAUUGAUGGUAUCCCAAAAAAUUGCCAAAUACUACAUGUGGAGCAAGAAGUGGUGGGAGAUGACACAACAGCCUUACAAUGUGUACUCAAUUCAGACAUUGAACGAAACCAGCUUUUGCAAGAAGAAGCUCGCUUAUUAGCACUGCAGAGAGAACAUGAACUUCAGGGCUCAGAUGAAAAAAGCAAUGGUGCAUUGAAUGGAGAUAUUGGUAAAGAUAACAUUACGGAGAGGCUGCAAGAAAUAUACAAAAGACUUGAACUCAUAGAUGCUGAUUCUGCAGAGGCACGAGCUGCUUCAAUCCUUGCGGGUCUCAGUUUCUCACCGGAGAUGCAGCAUAAGGCCACAAGAACCUUUUCUGGAGGAUGGAGAAUGCGUAUAGCUCUUGCACGUGCGUUGUUUAUAGAGCCUGAUCUAUUACUUCUUGAUGAACCGACAAACCACCUUGAUCUGCAUGCUGUGCUAUGGCUGGAGUCUUACUUAUUGAAAUGGCCCAAAACAUUUAUAGUUGUGUCUCAUGCCAGAGAAUUUUUGAAUUCGGUUGUCACUGAUAUUAUUUAUCUACAUGGGCAAAAAUUGACUACAUUCAAAGGAGAUUAUGACACAUUUGAGAGGACAAGAGAGGAACAACUGAAGGUUCAACAGAGAGCAGUUGAGGCUAAUGAAAAAUCCAGGUCGCAUAUGCAGGCUUUUAUUGACAAAUUCCGUUACAAUGCGAAGCGUGCAUCUCUUGUUCAAUCUAGAAUCAAGGCACUGGACCGCUUGGGUGUUGUUGAUGCAAUUGUUAAUGAUCCUGAUUACAAGUUUGAAUUUCCAACACCAGAUGACCGACCAGGUCCUCCUAUCAUAAGUUUCAGUGAUGCAUCUUUUGCCUAUCCUGGCGGACCGACAUUGUUCAAGAAUUUGAAUUUUGGGAUUGAUUUGGACAGUCGUAUUGCUAUGGUUGGUCCUAAUGGUAUCGGCAAGUCCACAAUACUCAACUUGAUUGCUGGGGAACUGCAACCAAGCUCAGGAACUGUAUUCCGCUCAGCCAAGGUCCGUAUUGCUGUAUUUAGUCAGCACCAUGUUGAUGGAUUGGACUUGUCCUCAAAUCCUCUUCUAUAUUUGAUGCGCUGCUUCCCGGGUGUUCCUGAACAGAAGUUGAGAGGUCAUUUGGGUUCAUUUGGUAUAACUGGAAAUCUUGCACUCCAGCCUAUGUACACCUUAUCUGGUGGUCAAAAAAGCAGAGUAGCUUUUGCAAAGAUUACUUUCAAGAAGCCACAUUUAUUAUUGCUGGACGAGCCAUCAAAUCAUCUUGAUUUGGAUGCCGUAGAAGCUCUUAUCCAGGGUCUUGUUAUGUUUCAAGGAGGAAUACUAAUGGUUAGUCACGAUGAACACUUAAUUUCCAACAGUGUUGAUGAGCUGUGGGCAGUGUCUGAUGGGAUCGUGACACCUUUCCGUGGGACAUUUCAAGAUUAUAAGAAGUUACUGCACUCAUCUUGAGUUGAGUCAGUUUUCAAAACAUGAGUUCUAAAGUUUUUAUGUAGCGAACACAGAAUAUGUUUUUAUGUGGUGGGCAUAGAAUAUCACUAAUGUGAAAUGGCAGAAGUGUUCGAAACAAUAGCAAACAUGCUGCUGUAUGUUGCCGCUAAUUAAGUGUUGGAGUGUAUUAUUGUGUUAUUCUUACGAACAAAUACUAUACAGCAAUCACUAAUUGAAUAUAUUCAUAUGCAACAUGCAAAAAAGCUGAAAAAUACGAAGUAA